AUGUCAAGUUCGAAAGAAGAAUUAACCAAGGCAAGAAUUGCAACGCUUGCCGAGCACGACAAUGUUAAAAACUACGAGACACGUUGCACGAAUGUCAAGAACAACGAGAAACUGCCACAGGUUGUGAGAGAUUGGAAGGCGUUUGAUACUUAUAACGUCACGAAAGACAACAAGGAGGUGAAGAAUUUCAUAAGGGUCCGAGGUACAAAAGGUUCAGAUAAAGAUAUUAAAAAGUUGAGAGAUAUUGAGGUUGUUAAGAAACCCUUCAAGUGGUGCAAUACAACAUGGCUAGAAAGAGCUUGGAAGCUAAUCAAGAGACAAAUAAGGCCAAAAAAAAGUAUCCCUCAACCUUCAGGCAGCUCAACAAGGAGCACGCAAAAUCCAUCCAAUGCUGGCAAUGGGAAUAGUACGCAGAAUAGGCCACGUGUAAGGGAGGAUGUGAAUAAACCUGAUUUCUUCGCAGAAGAUUUGCAAAGGCUUAGAAACCCACAGAAUUUCUUUGGAGAUCAAUUACCGCCGGCAGUUGAUAAACCUAACAACACACCAAGAGACGGAUCAAGAGGAAGAUCGAGAGACAUGUCGAAUUCCCAGACAGGUUCUGAGCCUCCAGCAUCUACACCCAAAAAGGUUGAGCCCAAAAUAAACAGUGGUAAGCAUCGCGUACCAAGUCGCCAUACCUAG